AUGAACAUAGAAUCCAUCGUCCGUCUUUCCGUCUUUUUAUUUCUCUGUCUACUCGAGAAGCGAUUUGUUCACGGGCAAGAUGAAACUGCCAGCCCAACGAAUUCAACCACUCGAUCACCGACAAGUCAAAAUGAAAAAACCGCAAAAUUACUCGAUAUUACGGCAAAGUACAAUAGCUCGUCACCCGACGCGUUUGCAGUCAUCACAGUAAAGACAGAACCUUUGUUGAUUGAGAAUGUCAGCCUCCAAAACACGAACACCUUUGUUACGAAGAAACUGCCCCAAAAUCAACCUGGGGAAUUCGAGUUCUCAUUCGACGCAAACUUUGCAGGAAACCAGCUUACUUUUGUGCUCUUCUCAGUAAACGAUCCGAUGAACAUGAUUGCAAAUGAGACAUUUCAACUAGCACCUGCUGUGCCGAGGCUGCGAGUAUCUCCGGAUCCACUGAGCCCAAAGAAAGUGCAAAUCGAACUUUCCCCUCCGCUUGGCGAAACGGCCUCGACUAGGGUCGAUUCAUACAACUUCUGGUACUUCAAAGAAAACGAAAGCUCAAUUCUGCGGGAGAACACAACUAUAUCAGCGAAGAUGCCGAAAACGUUCUCUGUAGUGCACCCGGGAAGCCUCUACCAUUAUUACGCUCAAGCUGUCGUUAAUGGUGUUCCCUCGGAAUCUACGAAAGUUGAUUUUAGAAUUCCGCCGCUGCCCGUUUCUGAACUUGUUGUCGACGCUGUAACCAACUCUACUAUUACUCUGUCAUGGACGAAUCCGCUAAUGAGCGACUCAGAUUUUGAUUUCGUGGACAUUCUUGUUCCCGGAAUCGUUCCUAAGCAAUCUGUUCCCGCGGGCACGAACAACAUAACCCUCACUGGGUUUUCCGGCUCAACACUAGCAGAUAUCAACGUCUUCACGAGAACAGCUGAUCCCGUUCCAUCCUCGUCAGCACCUGAAAUCAUAUCUGUUUAUACUAUCCCCCCUCGAAUCGCACCCGAAAGCUUUAAUGCAACGCAAGUUCCCAAUAAAAGUGCAAUCGCAGUUCAAUGGGAGCCACUGGGAGUGUUUUUCACCAAGUACAAGAUCAUCGUCGAAUACCUGCUCGCAAGGAGGCCGACGAGGAAAGAAAUUCUUCUCAGUCCAAAGACAACCGAGUACAUAAUCAAGUCCGAUAUCGCCUCGGUCAUUCCUGGAAAUGUCUACAGAGUCUCCAUAGUCGCAUUGAGCAAAACAAACGCAGGAGGCGAUGAUGACCAAGAAGUAUCCUCGUAUCCAACCUCGCGAAUGGUGCUUAUUCUUCCAGAGCCGCCAACUUACCUCAGCGUCAAUACUAAGAAAUCAUAUUCCGAAUCCUUGACUUUUCAGUGGUCAGACAUUAACAUGGGCCUUUACGAUUACUAUCUGAUCAAAUGGCAGCCGGACUUAGAUUGUCCGGCCAAAUUUGAGCAAGAAAGGACUUUUACGAUUGAACAAGCGGAGAAGUCAAGGGAUGUCCAAACCAACUUUGUCCAGUACAAGAUCGACGGGCUACAUCCAUAUUGCUACUACGACUUUAGUGUUAGAUCUGCUCUGAAUUCUACGUCGUCGCUUUACACCGGCUUUAACGAGAACGACCUAGUUACCAGAGAAAUCACAGUUACAGGCAAAACGAACGCAGAGCUACCUCCUCUUCUUCCCCAAAGAACCGACAGACUCAAUUUGGACAUGUCAAAAGUCAAUAUCGGCAAAGGGACGAUUUCUUUCGAGAUAAACAGUUUGCCAUUUUCGGAUGAUUUCGGGCCAUUACUCAGAUUUGCAGUUUGGGUCCGAAAAGACGCUGGAGAAAGUGAACUCAAACCGCCACCGAUUCCAAAGCCUUGGAUAAAUGACAAGAACCGAGAGUGGAUCGCGUUUUGGGUGAAGCUGAAAGGCGAGAGCCAGGGCCAGAAGAAACAGAAGCUCGUGAUCGGCGACGGAAAAGAGAGCCAGAACAAGGACAGAUACUACAAGAACGCGCCACUUGAGUCCGGAGAAGAAUACAGAGUUUCCAUUCAGGUGGAGAACGAGGCCGGAGCAAGUGCUCUUUACUACUCUCAGCCGAUCAAAAUGAAUGAUGCCAAGAAGGCGAUCGCCAUCGUUAUUCCAAUCGUCGUCGUGCUCAUUGUUGCGGUCAUCGUUCUAUACUAUGUCCUGCGCCGACGACAGCUGAGUACGCCCAAAGAAAAUGCGAAGAACCAAGAGCUCGGCCUUGCGAACGGAGCGUCUGGCCCUGGUGGUGGUCAUGUGAAUCCCGUUUUUACACAAGACAGACCAAAAAUUGAGCUAAAUAGCGUUGACCGGAAGUCCAAGGUCAUCCAGCUCGUCGACUUCAAACAAGUCUAUGAUGAGCUGAGGCAAGACUCGAGCUACAAAUUUGCCGGAGAGUUCUUCGAGCUAAAGGAAGUCGGCAAAGAUCAGACAACAGAGGCAAGCUUGCUCUCCGCCAAUAGGGGCAAGAAUAGAUACACUAAUAUUCUAGCAUAUGACAAAACCAGAGUGAAGCUCGGUGCAACUGAUGACGAUCCUGGCUCCGAUUAUAUCAACGCAAACUUUAUCGCUGGAAACAACUCGAAGCGGGAGUUUAUCGCUACGCAAGGGCCCUUACCGGGCACAAAAGAAGACUUCUGGCGAAUGUGCUGGGAACAGAAUACGCCUAUCAUCGUCGCCCUUUGCCAAGUAGUGGAGCGAGGAAGAAUCAAAUGCGAUCAUUACUGGCCAUAUGACAGUGAUCCCGAGUGGGUUGGUUCUGACCUGCAGCUCGUAAUGGAACGGGAAUCGACCCUGCCCAACUGGACGGAACGUGACUUCAUUCUCACAAAAGGCGAAACAAGCCGUCGUAUCAAACAGUACCACUUUACUGUUUGGCCAGACAACGGCGUUCCGAGUAGUUUGGAGCCGCUUGUUAAAUUCGUGCGUCAAGUUCGUUUCGAAAUGAACAGAUUCCUGGAUCGCGGGCCGACGAUCAUUCACUGCUCAGCUGGUGUCGGGAGAACUGGCACUUUCGUUGGAUUUGACAGGCUUCUUCAAGAUUACGAAAACAAGAGUUAUGUUGACAUCUUCGGCAUGGUCUACGAGAUGCGCAUGUCUCGUUGUCUCAUGGUUCAGACGGAGGCUCAGUAUAUCUGUCUACACGAGCUUGUCUACGACCUCCAAAUGGGCAAAUACAACUUUGAUCGGGAUAACGGCGCCUCCGACAACUCGGGAGAAAUCAAAGCCGAUGUUGACACGAUAGGAGCUGUUCACGCAGGGUUCAGUAACCCAGCUCUACUAGACACCUCAAGCUCAUCGUCCGGCUCGCUAACAAGCGACGAAGAAAUAAUUCUUCCGAAGCCGCCUAUAAUUGAGCCAGACGAGAAUUCUCACCAACCUAGCGAAACCACUCAAUAA